UAUCAUGUGAGGCGCAUCCCAUAUCACUUCUUCUUAUUCUGUGUGAUGAUACAAGCUGGCUUAACUCUUCAAUUUUAGAUAUGGACUGCAUCAACACUACACAGAUGGAACCAAAAAACAGCACGAAUGUCAGCAGUGUGUUCACACAUCAGGUUCUGCCUGUGCUCUACACCAUCAUCUGCGCUUGUGCCUUCAUUCUCAACGGACUCGCCGCUUGGAUCUUCUUCAGGGUUCCCACCUCAUCAGCCUUAGUAGUUUACCUAAAAAACAUGGUGGUGGCAGAUGUUCUGAUGUUGUUUACCUACCCGUGGCGUGUAGUGGGCGACCUCGGUUAUGGCGGUUUGCAGUUGAAGCUGAUAGUUUGCCGUUACACAGCUGUGCUUUUCUACCUCAGCAUGUACACAGGAAUAACCUUCAUGAGCCUCAUCAGCUUGGAACGCUACUUUAAAAUCAUACGCAGUACCUCUGAAGUGUCUUCUUUUCUGCAGCGUGUUUCAGUAGCGAAGGCUCUUGCGCUGCUAACUUGGGGCAUCAUGAUGUUCUUCAUGCUGCCGAAUGCCAUAUUAACCAACCAGCCCAUGCCUAAAGUUUUCUCCUGCAUGGCCCUGAAGAGCGAACUGGGUCGGCGCUGGCACGAAAUUUCAGCCCACUUCAACGUUGGAGUCUUCUGGGUGGCAUUCCUGUUGAUGGUGUUUUGCUACACCUCCAUUGCUUGUCAUGUUUACCGCUCCUACAAACGGGUUCAGCAGGACAGCAGCAUGGCGAGACAGCGGUCAAAUCGAAGCAUCUUUAGCUUGCUGGCUGUUUUUGUCUUCUGCUUUGUUCCGUACCACGUUUGUCGCGUGCCCUACACGCUUAGCCAAAGCCACAAGGAUGACUUUAGUGCCUUCAACCGCUUCAUUCUCUUCCAAUUAAAAGAAGCUACACUCUUCCUGUCUGCCCUCAAUGUGUGUCUGGAUCCUAUCAUCUACUUUUUCAUGUGCAGGACAUUCAGAGAGUCACUUUUGCAGAAGAUGUCAUCUGUAAACCACGAAAACAGGCGGCCUUCAAUAGGCACUGGGCUCAGUAUCAGCAAUCUGUAAUGAUCGAGCAAAAAAGCAAAACGAGCAUUAGUCAUUUGCAAGAUGGAAAAGAUAUUUUGAUUUGAAACCACAUACCUAGCUGUGGUUUUCUUGCAUGUGAAAACGCAGCAUAAAGAGAUGGAGCGGAAGAAGGUCACAACAAAGUGGUGUUUUCCAAAAAACCCCACCAAGUCAUGUCAGCCACAGCUUUUAAAACAGUUUCCUGAAGAAAAGUCAACGCUUAACUGGAGAGUGGACUAUAAAUAAAAAUUCUGACAUAAUUUUCUUAUCUUCAUCUCAUUUAAAAUCUUUUACUCUUAAAAAUAAAUAUUACUGCUGUUUUCGCAGCUAUGCCAUUGAAGAAUCAUUUUUGGUUCCCUGAUGAAAAUUUUAAUGAACAGUUCUAAAAAGAAGCAACUUUCUCAUUGUGAAGAAAAUGUAUUUUUAAAUUCCUCUAUAAAGAACCAUUUGUGUAAUAUACAUAUUAUGAGGAUGUUAAAGGUCCAUCAUAGAACCAUAGAUGUUUGUGUACUUUCUUCUAUGGAAUAAAAUGGUGACACUGAAGACAUAAAAGUGAAAGAGAA